CAUGAUCUCCCUCUGGCCCGUGGCGUCAUCGGCGCUGCUGCUGCCGCCAUUUGGCCCCUGUACUCGCCGUGCGGCGAUAGGCUGUGGCACCGCAGCGUUCCUCGUCCCAAAUGCGGGCCGUGCGGCUGGCGUGCAAGACAUGCAGCGCAGCACCUCAGCAGCUUGGACGAUCUCGGAGCCGCAGCUGUCGUCGCCCUCCCUCGAGGCGUUGUCGGUGAUGCUGGGAGAGGUCUCCCUUUCUGACGUACUCGAGGAGCAGGUGAGUAAUGGGCGCGCCGGGAUGUCGUCUGCCGAGUUGGCCAACGAGAAGCGCAAGAAGGCCGAGGAGGUGGCUGCGCAAAGGCGGCUCGAGUUUCAGGAGAAGGUGGCGGCUCGGAAGGCCCAGAAAGCGGCUGCAAAGGAAGCGGGCACAUCUGCGCCCGUGGAACGCCUAGCCCCUCCUCCCCCGCCGCCGCCGCCGCCGCCACCCGCUCCCGCAGCAAUCACCCCUAAGCCUCUUCCGCCUCCGCCUCCGCCGCCGCCGCCGCCGCCGCCGCCACCGCCGCCGCCGCCGCCGCCGCCUCCCAAGCCUCCUCCUCCUCCGCCGCCGCCGCCGCCUCCGAAGCCGCCGCCGCCGCCGCCGCCGCCGCCGCCGCCUCCGCCUCCCAAGCCUCCUCCGCCGCCGCCGCUGCCUCCCAAGCCGCCGCCGCCGCCGCCGCCUCCCAAGCCGCCGCCGCCACCGACGCCGAAGCCAGAGACGGCGAAUGGCGACACUUUCUUUGGCUUCUCUCCCUCGGACGUCGUCAAGUCGGGCGCGCAAGGCGC